CAGCUCUUUCUGGGGUGAAGAUCGAUGUGUAGGUUUAGCUGAGCUUGGAAAGAAGAAGGAGAAGAAGAAGAAGCAGUAUAACUCUUGGAGAGAUAAGACAGCGCUUGGUGGAGCACUUUGCUGCAAAGCAAUGGAGACAGAAGAGACACCACUGGUGAAGGAACAGGCCACUCGUCAUGGCAACAGCAACAUGCUGCCAUUGGUGCUGAUCAGCUCCUUAUAUUGCUGUUCAGGAGCCUACACUACGGCCACAGUCUUCACUGGUAGUUUCAUUGCGCUUGAACCAGGCUUCAGCGAGAACUGGGUGCACAUGGGUCAGACCAUGCUCUGGAUAGGAGUAGCUGCAGCGACGGCCACCUUAUUGCCCUUGCUUGACAUUUAUGGACGACGAGAUCUUCUCUUUGCGUUUGGUUUUGUUGGUCUACUUGCAGUGGUCACUUCACUUCUGGCUGUCUCUCCCUUUGUCUAUUUAGCAUGCCAAUUUGGGAUUGGCUUAUUCCUCUUUCCGACUGGCCUUGCUGCAUGGGUCUUGGUCGCGGAGAGCAUUCCGCAGAGGUCCCACAACCGCAUGAUGGCGAUUUGGAAUGUGUGCUACUCAUUGUUCGGAAUCACGGUGGCGUCCGGCAGCUAUGGCUUCAAGGAAAUAUCACUGAGUUGGCAAUUGCAAAGCGCUGUGUGGUAUUUGCCCAUUGUGCUGAGCCUUUUGAUUGGGCCAAGCGUUGUCUCUGAAUCUCCAGACACUUCGCUGAACGAAACAUGCUUACAGGAGCUCUUGGCUGACAGGUCAGGACAAGCAGAAAGGAGUGAUCAGAGUUUGAUGGUUUGGCCUAUGCCGGGAUAUGUGCUUGCAACUGUUGUUUGCUGGAGUGCUGUUAGCAUGGGAUUCUAUGCUUUGUCAUACAGCUCAAGCUCCUUAUCUCCUGAUCUUUACUUGAACAUGGGGCUUCUUGCAUGCAUGGACGCCGUGGUAUAUGCCUUCAGCAAGCCUGUGAUUGAUGCAUUGUCUCCGAAAUGGGCGCAGUUUGCCGGCUUGUCCGGAUGUGCUGCACUCAUGCUUGUUAGCUCCUUCUUGCCUGGGAAGUCAUAUGCCAUGAUGUUCAUGUGCCUGCUUGCACGGAUGUUUUUGGAUGUGGCUUUUUCUACGAUCUUCCUGCUUAUCAUUGAAGUCUUCCCAGUGCCGGUGAGGGCCACCGCCAUGGGCAUUGCUAAUUUGGUUGCGCGCUCCUUCACCGCAGUGGCACCCGUGCUUGCUAUGGCUCCUGCGUGGAUUGCUUGCUGGGUGGUAGUCAUGGCUACUGCUGCAGCGGCCCUAGCGACAUGGACGUUGCCCGAGCAGGUGGAGAAGACAUAAGGUCUCAAUCACGUAGGAUUCCAUCUGAGCCGAGCGAUGUUGGUCCUUGGCGCGGUGGAUUCAGGUGUCACCCCAGUCCUGAGAAACUGAAUCUCAAGGUUGCCGAUUUGGCACCCAGCGGUUGCAAUGUAGUAUUGAGCCCCGACGGACUAACACCUGGUUCAUGGGGCCAGUGUCUAGCAUAGUUUCCAAGAGAUCUUGAAGGUCAGGAUGCAUUCUGUUUUUGGGAAGACUUGGACUUGGAAACUUGCAGAAUGACUGAGCCUUUGGCGGCGUAAGCUUUGAGCGCUUGUGCCAAACAUCCAGACUCUGAUCGGGUGAAAUUGUGGCACAACUCCUCAUGAGCUCAAAUGUAGACGUUCAAUUAGUGCCAGGUUUCCUAGAAUGAUCUUGUUUUGCCUGACUUGACAAGUGUUUGUGCUUAUUGCUGCAAAAGCGAGCAGACAGUUUUAUCGAAACAUCCAGCCAGCCAUAUGAUUCAUAUGUAGCACAUCGUCCUCCGAGCGACUUUGCCGGGUC